GAGGGAGCGGACGAUUCUCCCUGCUGUCUCGCGGAGCAGUGCGUGCACAAUUGUCCGACCGUAUACGCUCUUGCAGAAGCGUCACUUUUUAGAUAACGGCCGCAUCCCCGAGGCACCCGCAAACGGCUACAAAUGCCAUUGCAUCGAGGAGCAGCGACUGUUACCGACAAAACAACGACAGACCCGGUGAUUGGGGGUAGUUAACGAUCGCAAAUCAACAAAGUCCGAGGCGGUUGUGAUACAAGACAAGACAGCUCGCAUGCACGAUUAAGGAUUAAUCUCCGUGAGAAAACUCGGUCUUGUAAUUGCGGAUGAUGAAUCCUGACAAUGAACGGUAUGGAGAGACGUGGCCAUGGUUACGAAUCCUCUUCAUCGUCCUCGUCGUCGCAUCAUCAUCACCGUUCGCACCACAAUCAUCGGUCCUCGGGACAUCAUCCACCUUCGUAUCAUCAACAACACUAUCAUUCCUAUCAUCAUAGAGACUCUAGUCGCGAGAGCACCGUCGAGCGAAGGGACAGUGGAAGAGAAAGUGGCAGAGAUAGUGGAAGAGAUAGUGGAAGAGAUAGCGGAAGAGACAGUGUUAGAGACAGUGGCAGAGACGCUGGAAGAUUGCAGCCCAAUGAUGAUUACUAUUAUCGUCAUCAUGAGCGCUCCAGUUCCAGAGAAUAUCACAAUUCCAUACAUCACCACCAUCACAGAGAACCGACAUCUCAAAGGGAAAUCCAUCCUCCAAGGGAGAUACACCCACAGAGAGAAAUACACUCACAGAGAGAAAUUCACUCCUCGCAGAGAGAAAUUCACUCCUCUCAGAGAGAAAUUCACUCCUCACAGAGAGAAAUUCACUCCUCACAGAGAGAAAUACAUCCACAGAGAGAAAUACACCCACAGAGAGAAAUACACUCUCAAAGGGAAUUACAUUCUCAAAGAGAAUUACACUCUCAGAGAGAAUUGCACCCCCAGCGAGAUAUCCAUUCUCAAAGAGAAAUUCACACCCAACGAGAUAUUCAUUCUCAGAGAGAUGUCCAUCAUCCAAGAGAUAUACAACAUAGUUCUCAUUCUCAACCACAUCAUCACCACCAUCAACAAGAUCAUCCACAACAUCAACACUCACUUAGACAACAGCAUCAGUCAUCGCAGCAGUUGGUGGCUAAACACAAUCAUGGACCACCACCACCUCCAACUUCAGAUCAUGUCUCCAAACCACUGUCCCAACAGCAAGUUCAAGCACAGAAAGACCCUGGAUCUGGACCACCACAGACUCCUAUCCCACAAAAGACUAAAAAUUAUAAAUUACUUGUGGACCCUGCGAUAACAAAGGGUGCAACAAAAGUGUAUAGAUAUGAUGGCAUAGUACCUGGUGAUCCAACGCAACCACCUGUACAGGUAAGGGAUCCAAGAUCUCCCAUAAUAAGAAUAUGGACUCGUAUGGAAGUGUUGGAUUUACCAGUGCCUAGAUUUAAAAUAGAUGCCCAGUAUGUUGGUGAUCCACCACCUAUAGAAGUUACAUUUUGCCAAUUGAAUGAUAACAUUGACAAAACUUUUCUCUGUGAUAUGGUGCAUAAGUUUGGCCCUACCGAAGAAUUAACUAUAUAUUAUCAUCCAAUGACAAACAAACAUUUGGGCAUAGCCAAAGUAGUUUUUGAAACUACUAAAGCCGCUAAGGCUUGUGUUGAAAAGUUAAAUGGCACAUCUGUGAUGGGAAAAGUGCUGGAAGUUUUUCUAGAUCCUUUUGGUAAAAAGUGUCUAAAGCUUUUUGAUGAUUACACCAUUGAAAAAAAAAUUGAAAAGAAAGUACCUGAAAAGGAAAAAGAAGAAAUAUCUCCACCUAUUCCAGUUAUACCGCCACCACCACCAAUAAAGUCUGACAUUGAUCAAAACAAAAGGGUGCAGAUUCCGUUAACUUCUGAAAAAGUUUCAAGUAGUGUAAAAAGUGAUGAAAGAAAUAGUAGGCAUUCUAAAAGUAAGCCUACUCAUGAAAAAAGUCAUGUAGAAAAUUCAAGGUAUACAAAUAAGUCAUCAACGUCAACAACAUAUCGAAAUGAUUUUCCUCCUUCUGGUAAUAUAUUGAGCUCUAGUAAUAACAGUGAAUUAGGUUAUGGCACAACCCCUUCUGAACUUACUUAUCCAAGCAGUUUCCCACAAAACUCCACUGCAGCUAAUAAUUAUGAAUUCUUUUAUGGUAAUUACCACCAUCAUCCUCCUCCAACCCAAGCUUCUAACUACAUGGGUACAUUACCUCAAGGAGUCACUCCUAUGCAGCCUAACACUUGGUGGCCUAAUGCACCACCACCGGAUGCACAUUUUCCUCCUGGUACGGUGUGGCCUCCUGCAGGUACCAUGACUCCUGACAUGCUAAAUGUGCCUCCUAUAGUCAAUAGAAAUGUUCCAGUGACUGUUAAUGACAUUGGUAAAACUUCAAAGAAAAAGGACUCUACAUCUCCAAUUGAACCCAUUAAUUCAGCUGUGAGUUCGUCAAAGAAAGAAAAUUUUGACUCUCCAAAUGAACAACGCAAUACACUCGACUUGGAUACUAGAAUUGCUAUGUUGUUAAAAGAUAAGGCUGGUGGAAUGGCCCCUGCAUUCUUGCAGUUUGGUAGUGACUCUGAAGAUGAAAAUAAAUCAGGCCCUGGUGAAGAAAUGUUGUCAGAUCCUCCGAGUCCUUACUUAACUAAAGAAAUUUAUGAAGCAAAUUUUCAAAAAGUUCAAGAGAGAAAUCGUGAGCGACGUCGUCAACGUGAGAACAGUUUGAACCAAAUUCCUAAAACUGAAAUAGAUGAAGACUUAGGAAGUGUAAUUAGCUCCAGUGAAGAUGAAGCUUUAUUAGGUAGUUAUAGUCCAACAACAGGAUAUAAAGCAGCAACUGACAUUUCGAAAGAAAAUCAAAAUAAAGAUAUUACAAUGGAUGAUGAUUGCAUGUCUCUCAGUCCUUUAAGCUCUGGCGAUGAAAAAAUUGAAGAAAUUUCUACCCAUGAAGUGGUAAAUCAUAUCUUUCCUAGCUUUAUACAACCCUACACAACUGGUAUACCUGCUGCUCCACCAGUAUAUCCACCUCCACAAAUGCCGGUACCCCAACAACAGUGGCCUCUAAGGCCUAGUCAAUAUCCUUAUCCAUAUGGUGCAGCAGCAGCCUACAUACCCAAUCAAUAUCCACCUCCUGGUGCUGCACCAGCCUUGCCUGGGAACCCUCCAGCAGGAUUACCAUUAGGAGCUGCUGGUCAUAAUCCUGGUUUUUAUCCUAAUUUUACCUCUAGAUUACAAGCUAUGGCUAGUCAGAGUAUUACUAAAGAUAAUCCACAGGGUCCAACGAUCAAUGGGGUAUUAAAUAAAGUCGUUGAAGAGCUUAAACAGAUUCUUAAAAAGGAUUUCAAUAAAAAAAUGAUUGAAAAUACAGCCUUCAAAUUAUUCGACAGUUGGUGGGACGAACGCAAACAGAAAGAGACUAUGAGUCAAAUGCCAUUGCCUGGAACAACGCUUAUAAAUACUGUUGUUGCUUCAACUGCUGAUAUGACAGCUCCAACUGCGGGUGCUACAGCUGCAGCUGCAGCAGCUGCAGUCAUUUCCAAAGAUGAGAUUAAAACUCAAGGAUUUGCUUCUUUAUUGGAGCAAGCUACAACUCCAUUGGGGCUUAAUUAUGAAGGUUUCACAUUAGGAAUUAGAGCUAGUAUGCCCAAAAUGCCAUCAUUUAAGCGUAAGAGAAUAAAGGCACCAAGUCCUGUACCAGUUCAAGAUGAAGACAGUCGUCAAUCAGGGACCACAGCUCUUACGAAUGAUCGUAGAGUGCCAUUAGCCGAACCUAUCGAUAGCGAUAGCGACAUUGGUUCACCAAUUUCUACUCCUGUAGUUGAACCUAAGGUCAAGGUACCCACUAAGAGAAGAUCAACAGCACUGCAAAGUAGUUCUUCUGAAUCUUCGUCUUCAGAAUCUGAAGAAGAAGAUAACAGUUCCAGUAGCAGUACUGAUUCUUCUACCACCACUGCAAGCUCUGAUGAAGAGUUGGAUACCAGGCCGCUGGCACGAGACAGUACAAAACCAGAGGUGCAAUUGGAGCUUGCAAUACAGUUGGCGAUGCGUGUUCCUACUCCAUUUGAUGCACCUCCCACGCCUACACCAAAUAUGAACAUUGUAACCGACGACGAAUUUCCGGAAAUUCCAGAUGAUGAUGAGGAAGUAAUAGACAAAGAGCAAAUGACAAUCGAUCAAGUGGCAGGAUACAUUGAAGAAACACCAGAAGAAAAGGUUGUUGAGCCUAUGAUCGUGGAUAUGCCUACAGAUUUUACUCAGCAAGAAAUGAUCCUCCCAACGAUCGAGAAGAAACCAUCGCCCCAUCGAUCAGACAUCGAGAAUAUGGAAACGUCGGCUAUUGAAGCCCUCAUGUCACUCGCAAGUGAUAAACCACUAAUUAGACCGCCUAUUGUUGCUGCUUCAGACCCACCACUUCAACCACAACCACAACGUGCUCCGCCCUCGACUAUUGGCGGGCAUUUCAUUGAAAAAAUUCAAAGUAUGUCGGAUCGUUAUAUUAAUGAUGAACCUAUAUUGAAAGAAUCGGAGAAAAUUGAAAUGUUUAAAGAUAUACCCACAAGUGAUUCUGAUGAAGAAAGUCUUGAAGUCAAGAGGCAACGAUUGCAACAAAAUGCUCCUGUCGAAGUUAAGAAAACAAAACCACGAGAAUUAUCCAAAGUUUAUAUGGAACACUCUUAUUCCAUGUUGCCCAACGUUCAAAAAGGCGCGGAUCAACAAACUAAACAAGAUAAAGCUAACAAAACUGCCAUUAGUCCUUCUGGCAAGGACAAAAAGAAGAAACAAGUUAGGGCCAAUAAUGCUGCAAUUUUGGAGAAGGAGAAUAUGCAAAUUAAAUCUAUCAAUUUCGAAAAUUUAAUGCCACCUUCACUGGUCGGAGCUGUUGCACCGCCAUCGCAAGUGGGGCCAGAUUCGCAAGCAUUUGCCACACCGGUUAUUUAUAAAGAACGUACUAUAAUGGAUGAAAUGGAAAUUUUAUUCGAAUUCUUGAAAUCUGGCAUCGAUCACGAAGACAUGGAGUAUCUCAGGCGUAGCUACGAAGCGCUAUUAGCCGAUGAUCAACAGAGCUAUUGGUUAAAUGACACGCAUUGGGUAGAUCAUCCAGCUACCGAUGUUCGAUCGCCCCCGAAGAGAAGAAAACGAGACGAUUCCAGGGUGCACACUACCGGUUGUGCUCGAACAGAAGGUUAUUACAAGGUUGAACUGGUAGAAAAAAUGAAAAAUAAGCAUCAAUACACGCAUCGUACGAACUCGGAUGAAAGUCGCCUCACCACAAGCAGUCGCAACCAAGCGCUUGGAGGGCAAGAUCCAAGUAGUUUUAGCGGUGGAUUGUCUGUUAACAAUUCUAGUAUUGACAAUACAAGAGCAAUUCAGGGUAAGAUGCAGGCACUUUCGCGAGAAGCCAGAAGCAACCAAAGACGUUUGCUAACAGCUUUCGGCAUUGACACCGACAGUGAUUUACUCAAAUUCAAUCAACUCAAGUUCCGCAAAAAACAAUUGAAAUUUGCCAAAUCUGGUAUCCACGAUUGGGGCUUAUUCGCAAUGGAGCCUAUAGCAGCCGACGAGAUGGUUAUUGAAUAUGUCGGACAAAUGAUAAGACCAAUAGUUGCCGAUCUGCGUGAAACACAAUAUGAAGCUACCGGAAUAGGCAGCUCAUAUCUGUUCCGUAUUGACUUGGAAACUAUCAUAGAUGCCACCAAGUGCGGUAAUUUGGCUCGAUUCAUUAAUCAUAGUUGUAAUCCGAACUGUUACGCUAAAGUUAUAACGAUAGAAAGUCAAAAGAAAAUUGUGAUUUAUAGUAAACAACCGAUUGGAGUUAACGAAGAAAUAACUUACGAUUACAAAUUUCCCUUGGAGGACGAUAAAAUACCUUGUUUGUGUGGAGCACCACAAUGUCGAGGGACUCUUAAUUAAUUGCACGUCACUACAAUUUUUAUAUUUGGCUUUGCAUGUCAUCGUUUGUUGCCAUCAUCCCUCUUCAUUUCUUUUAGUUUCUACUUUCUACUUGCUCUUGUAUUAUUGAGUCUUUUCCCUUUCCUAUCAAAACGCAUAAAACCUUGUAUAUAAAUGAAAAGCAAGUUUCGUGUAUACGUUGAUAAAAGACAUAUAAACGAAAAUUAUCACCAAUCAGAUUCCUGUAGUUUAUAGAUUUCAUUAAAUAAUGCUCUUUAUUAUGUAAAUAAUGAAGCUAAAUUAAUUAGGAUUUACAUUUAUAUUAAAAAGCG